AUGCCUGGCUCCGUCUCGGCCCCUUUCGAUCUACGCCCCGGCAGUGUGACCUCUCCGCAUGGUCCCCACUCGGGUUCAAAUCAGCAGCAACUCCCGCCCGCUCCGUCACACAAUGAUGCCGUUCCCGUAACCCACUUCCGUCCCGGUCCCGGUACCCCUCCAAUGGACAUGUCCGGUAUCGAAGCCGCAAGCACCGUCUUUCAUCCCGAACUGGAUGAACAUGAACAUGAACAUCACCAGCAACAGAACGUGUUAGGCCCGAUGGGUCCGCCGCCGCUGCCGCAGCCGCAGCCGCAGCCGUCUCAUCCACAUCCACCUAAUCAUGGUCUUGCUCACAGCCAUGCCCCGUCCCUACCGCCAACGGAGCAGCAUCAGCAUGGUCAGUUCGGCAUCCUGACGCCGGGUCCGGCUAUCCCAGGUGCGAGCCUCAUAGGAUCAGGGGAAUCACUUGUUGGCCCUGGCGGCUUCAUUCCCAUUGACGGGACGACUACUCCUGGCUGGAGGCCGCACGGCAGUCUGCUCAGCAGCAAAUGGGUCAUUGACCCUCCGAACCUCGAAGAGUGGCGCCAAAAGCUGUUCGAUGCCGACGGGCUCAUCAUCCUCAGCAAUGAGCAAUUCGAGGCUUACUUCCCUCAUGUAGACAACGUCUAUUCCCACAGGUCAACGCAGACCUACAAGAAAAAGCCCUUUAUAUCCCAUUACUGGGACUGUCGACUCAAGGGCCGACCCCCGGGGACCAAGAAGUCCGACGACCCGAAUAAGAAACGACGAAACCGCGUCUCCCGCAAAUUGAAUCUAUGUGACGUCAAAAUCAAGAUCACGGAGUACUUUCCCGGCGCAACGUUCGAUGACAUGGACGAAGGCGCUUACUCGCCUCUCAAUGGUGGUCAGGCCCUCAACGGCGCGGUCACGGUCCUGGCGCCCCCCGGCGAGAAGAAUCUGCGCAUCCUUCCAGCAACGGUGAACAACUUGCCCGCUCCCGGUCAGAAGUUUUGGACCAUCCAGCGGGUGAAUGGUCACAUCAGUAUAAGUGGUGUUCCGGGUCCGCAUAAGCAUACUCUCGCAAGGAGCGACGAGGUGAAGAAGAACAGCAUCCAGCGGCAUCUUGCCAAGCAGAACCACGAGACCUCCAAGAAUGACGGACCUAGAAAAGCAACAGGCCGGGCACAUUGGACAAUCAAGAAGCACGAAAAGGAAAGCCAUACGAAGCUCUACUCGGCAUGCUACUGUCCCUUUUCCCAGCGCGUCUGGAUUGCACUGGAGGCCAAGGGUCUCUCAUACCAGUACUGUGAGGAAGACCCGUACAAAUCAAACCCCUCACAGCAAUUACUUGAAGCAAACCCGAGAGGAGCAGUGCCUGCUAUUCGCCAAGGAGACUGGGCUUGUGCUGAGAGCGCGGUCAUACUGGAAUAUCUCGAGGAAGUGGACAAGGACAUACCCCUGUUCCCAUCAGACGUCCGGCUCCGCGCGAAUUGCCGGUUAUGGAUCGACCAUAUCAAUUCCCGCCUCGUGCCUGCAUUUUACCGUCUCCUGCGCAAUCCGGACCCAGCGCAACAGCCACAACACAUCGAGAAACUCCAAGAGUCCAUCAAAGACCUCGUCCUUGCCGCUGACGAGCAGGGACCUUUCUUCCUCGGCAACAGCCUGUCUUUGGUGGACAUCCACUUCGCUCCUUUCGCCCUUCGUCUCUCCCGUAUACUGCAGCCGCUACGCGGCUGGACUGCUCCAGCACCGGGUCUACGUUGGGCCAAGUGGCUCGAUGCUCUCGAGAACAACGCGCAUGUCAAGGCGACGACGAGCGGAAAGGAUGUCUACGUAGACACCGUAAGUUCGCUGGAAAUCGCUCUGGAUCCGGAUGGCCACAUAGGCUCGUAA